AUGGCGUCCAGUAGACAGGUCGUGGCGCUGGUCCUGCUCGCGCUGUUUGCGGUGGCAGCCACGGCCGACGCUCGUGGAACGCCUCUACGGCGGUGCAUCCGCCGGUGCAUGCCCAACUGCAUGAUGUUGAAGAAGGUAGAGCCAAGGAUCAACCAAAGGGUGUGCUGGGGAGUCUGCCGUAUGCACUGCAAAGGUUCCGGCUCGCCCAAACUGCCCGGAAUGCCACAACCGGGUUGA